UUGUAGCUUCUUUUUUAAGAAAACUGUGAACACCCAUUUGUGGUAAACCACGCAUUUAUUGGCCUGAAUACUCGGAAGCUCGUGCUUUCUGGCUGCAAAGGACAACGAAGGAGGAGACAUGUGGGGAAAAAGCACCGUGGCAUCUAUGCAAAAAAAAAAGUUAAGCUGAAUUUUCAGAUAAACAUUUAGAAGAUGUAUGAUUCGUAAAUUCGGACACUUGGCAGAAAAAGAGCGACGUGAGAUGAUAAGAAUACAGCUGCAGGUGGUCGGUUGUUCUUAGUUCUUGUGAGAGUUCAUGUUUACUUUCAGAAUAAAGUUUUAGAAAAAAAUGAAACACAUACAUUUAUAAAUUGUUUUUUAGAAGCAGAGUGACAUCCUAAACUGAUGCGAUGGAGGUUGUGCACAUGCGCCCUUUGUGUUCUUCAGUGCAGCUUCAUCCUGUAGAUAGAGAACUCACCUUCUACAUUAUGAAUAAAUUUGAUCCAUUUAGACAUAUUUUUAGUGUCGGGUGUUUAAUAACAAAAAAGUCACCUUUAGUAUUUUUCUUUUUGUGAACAAGGGUGGGGCAGAUGACAUAGUUUGCAUAUCACGUGACUGCGUAUUAACAAAUCACCAAGUGCCUUCCCUUUACUCUUCAGGAGUCGCUAAAAGGCUUUCAAGGCGCGUUUGAGAAACGGCUCCAUGGAAAUGUGUGAGCGGAAUUCUCUAAAUCCCGGCUAUGUUGGUUCCCUCUUGAAUUUCGCUCCCCCCGAGUCGCUGUAUUUCACCAACUUGCGCGGGAAUGGAGCGCACCUCCCGGGGCUGCACCAGCUGCAGUACAACAGGAGAGAUGUGUGCACGCUCCCGUGGACGCCCUCAAGUUCUGGACCUGCAGCCGCGCCAGCGCAGCACAGCCGCGCCUUUGAAGGCUACUGCCCGCCGUUCCUGUCCAGCGCUUUGUCCGCUGGUUCCUCCAAGACGCACGUGGAUGAGUGCGCGGCGCGAUGCUUUCGUGACCUAAAGACUGAGGAGGCUGGCGUGCACGAGGAACUUUACACCACGGAGCACGGCGUGCGUGCGUACUCGGAUCUCGACAGUGGACACAGGACUCCGGGACAACCUGAUCCGGAUUCGGCAUCUCCUCAUGAUGUGAACGGAACCAAGCAAGAGCAGGAGCCUCCAUCGUCACAUGCAUGCUCCAGGAGCACUUUUGGAGCAGGAAUCCCGUGGUGUUCAUCACAAGUGAGGUCUCGAAAGAAGAGGAAGCCUUACUCCAAGCCCCAGCUGGCUGAACUUGAGAAUGAAUUUCUCAUGAACGAAUUCAUCAACCGACAGAAGCGAAAGGAACUGUCAGACAAACUUGACCUGAGCGACCAGCAGGUGAAAAUCUGGUUUCAGAACCGCAGGAUGAAGAAGAAACGGCUGAUGAUGAGGGAGCAGGCUUUCUCUGCGUACUGCUGACCUUUGGACUUGAUCCUGACUGUAUACAGCUGACUGUACGAGCAGUGUGGAUUCAUCCAAAGCUCCAGAAAACUCAUCAAGCUCAUUUUUUAACAUAAAUUGUAAGAGCAGCAGUGAUUCGUUUUAAAGGAAGGGCCUUUGAGAGACGCAGAGCAGCGUUUAUGACCCGGAGGUGGUGGGAAGAGGCUGGGAUGCAAAGCGCAUGAUUGUCACAUGAUAUGUUCAUAUUUAUCCACACUCCCGACUUUUGUUUGCAUCAGCACUUUGGUUAUGAUUAGAAACAUGUUUCUAGAAAAAAAAUGCAAAGUUUACAAAAACCUCUUAAAAUGCAAAUCAGAUUGCGGAUUUUUCAAUCAUAAAAAAACCUAAAAGUUAGGGAUGUGUUUGAAUUUCAGAUACAAAUUUAAAGGAAAAUUUUAGUCAAAUAUGAAGUAAUGGGAAUAUAGUAAUAUUUAAUCUGUUUGUAUCAUUAAAACUCCAACUUGAGGGCCGAUUUUAACGGGUUUGUGGAAUCACUUUGUUUUUAUAUUUUCGUGUUCCAUUUUUUGCUGCUUUAUUGAAAGGGGAAUUUCCUGUUUAGAGAUUAAGUAAACCUUUUUUAAAAGUUAUUGUAAGAAUAUAUAGGAUGUUUGCAUGUUUAUUAUUUGGAAUGUUCUUGUCUUAUGUUGCAGUUUGGUGUCGUUGAUUUUCUCUGACAUGACUUUCCAACCUUUUGCCAGCAAAAUAAGUGAAUGUGAAAUGGGAUUGUGUUGCAAAAAAACAAACAAACAAACAAACAAGGAGUAUGUUGUCUCCUUUUGCUGCAACAGAAGUCCUGAAAAUUGCCAACUUUUGACUUUAAUAUAUCAUUUUUUUGGAAAUAUAUUUCAGUUUGGCUGAUUUCGCUGAUUUGAAAAUGACAAAUAUAUAUAUUAAAAUUAUUGUGUUGUUGGGGAAAAGUGUAAA